UCCAUCAGUUUUCAUCAUGUCGAUUUUUCUUCAUUUUGAUAUGCUUCGCUUGCCAUACUUUGACGUAUUACGUAAACGACGCUGACAGACCGGAUAGCAAGCUAUGGGUCAAAGUCAGAGUGGAGGACAUGGACCCGGGGGAGGAAAAAAAGACGACAAGGAUAAGAAAAAGAAAUAUGAACCACCAAUCCCCACCAGGGUUGGGAAGAGGAAGAAAAAGAGCAAGGGACCUGAUGCUGCCAGCAAGCUACCUCUUGUAACUCCACAUACACACUGCAGGCUGAAGCUGCUGAAGCAGGAGCGGAUCAAAGACUACCUGCUGAUGGAGGAGGAGUUCAUCAGGAACCAGGAACAGAUGAAGCCCCUUGAGGAGAAACAAGAGGAGGAGAGGUCUAAGGUAGAUGAUCUGAGAGGAACCCCCAUGUCAGUGGGGAACCUGGAAGAGAUCAUCGAUGACAACCACGCCAUCGUUUCUACGUCUGUGGGCUCUGAGCACUAUGUCAGCAUCCUCUCCUUUGUAGACAAGGACCUGCUGGAGCCGGGCUGUUCCGUCCUUCUCAACCACAAGGUCCAUGCCGUCAUUGGGGUCCUAAUGGAUGACACUGAUCCUCUUGUGACAGUGAUGAAGGUGGAGAAGGCCCCACAGGAGACGUACGCUGACAUUGGUGGACUGGAUAACCAGAUCCAGGAAAUUAAGGAGUCUGUGGAGCUCCCUCUGACCCAUCCGGAGUACUAUGAAGAGAUGGGCAUCAAACCUCCUAAAGGAGUCAUUUUGUAUGGCGCACCAGGGACCGGGAAAACCCUACUGGCCAAGGCGGUGGCUAACCAGACGUCCGCAACUUUCCUGCGUGUGGUGGGCUCUGAGCUGAUCCAGAAGUACCUGGGGGAUGGGCCUAAGCUGGUCCGAGAGCUGUUCAGGGUGGCCGAGGAACACGCACCCUCCAUUGUCUUCAUCGAUGAGAUCGAUGCCAUCGGGACUAAAAGGUAUGACUCUAACUCAGGAGGAGAGCGGGAGAUCCAGAGGACUUUGCUGGAGCUGCUUAACCAGCUGGAUGGCUUUGAUUCCAGAGGCGAUGUCAAGGUCAUUAUGGCCACCAACAGGAUAGAGACCCUGGACCCCGCACUCAUCAGACCAGGCCGUAUUGACCGUAAAAUAGAGUUCCCCCUGCCGGAUGAGAAGACCAAACGAAGGAUCUUCCAGAUCCACACCAGCAGGAUGACUGUGGCAGACGAUGUGACCCUGGACGAACUGAUCCUGGCCAAGGAUGACCUCUCCGGAGCUGACAUCAAGGCCAUUUGUACAGAGGCAGGGCUGAUGGCUCUGAGAGAGCGCAGGAUGAAGGUGACGAACGAGGACUUUAAGAAGUCGAAGGAGAACGUGUUGUAUAAGAAACAGGAAGGGACACCAGAGGGACUAUACCUCUAACAGGGGCGGAACGCACUUCAGAAAUGUCCUGUUCUUUCACUUACUGCUUCAAAACUGUUAUUACCUAGUAAAACCUUUCAUACAUGUUCAUUGUAUAGUUUGGACUAGAUGUAGCCAGCUGUUUGGUAUUCAAUUCUGCAGCUGUUAAAGUAAGUUGGCUUUCUGAACAAAUGAACAAUCUUAGGUUAUGGUAAUAGACCAUAAUACAAGUAUCACCUCUUGAAGUAAAUAAACAAUUUGAAACAAUUCAGAUUUUUAUUUCAAAUAAAGUACGUAUUGAUUUUUUUUUU